AUGACAUUCUACUCCGUUCCUUUGACGGCGAAACACACAAGUCACUCUUCUGCUUCAGGCAGCGUGCUUAAUGGGCUAGAACCUUUAAAUUCUCAAGGACAGGAGCAUCGUCAGGCAGGUGUCUUCGGGGUGCGACCUGGGCAAGCUACUUGGUCUCUUGACGAAGUGCGAGACUUCGUCAUCGCCGGCAACGUUGAUAAUCUGAAUGCUUUCACUAAACUGCGUUUUACUGGCUACACUCGCUUGGAACGCCUUGAAGAAGAAAUGGCGGAGGAUGAAUCCAUCUUGGUUUGCUCUCUACCACCUGGUGCUCUGGUCCGGGCAUUGCUUGUCGGUGAGAUGCGCGAGAUGUGCAAGAGACACAAUAUCCAAGCUAACCGAGCUGAUGUUAAGGCCUCCCUUCGGGAAAAGCUGAUCGAACACGAAUGCAGCCCAGGUUGCGGCCAGCACGUCACCUUAUUUACCCCUAUUGACGACAGCGGUCCUGGCGACGGUCAAGGGAAACCAAUAGCGAAGGCUUUCACUUUGGGCGAUAUACGGGAAUGGGUAGACGAUGAGGAAGUCUUGAAAAGGUCCGGACAAGACAGCACUCACAUUGGUCAAGCUCACGAGGCAGGUGGAUCACGUUCAGAAGGGUUUCAUUGA